AUGUCCGGUCGUAUAUUUUCUCUUCAUCACAACUCAUAUCCUGACAAAAACAAAGCACCUCGAAUGGAAUUAAUGGAUAGUCAAGAUUUAUCAUGUGUGGAUUUCGAUGAAUUGGGUGUUCGUCCAUCGACUUGGGCCGAUGAUAACAACCUUGACUUGGACAACGCGGCCGAUGCUUAUCUAUCAAAAGAAAAAUUCCGUGAAUUCCAAUUUAUGGCUGAUGAAAAGAAUUUCACAAAUAAUGAAACAAUGAUUGAUGAAGAUGAUAGCAAUUAUGAAAUCGAUCCUGAAACCGGUGAGAAAAUCUUUGGUGAAGUGCCUAUUGCAACUAGUCCAUCCUUUUCGCCAACGAACGAUAAUUGGAUCGAAGAAUAUUUGACUCGAAUUGAAUCAUCAUCGAAAUCAUAUCAACAGUCGAUUUCAAACAAUAGUUACGUUUCCCUUGACGAAUCUGCCAAUCAAAUGAUGUUUUCGGAACAAUACCUUCCCGAACAUGACAAACUUACACCACCGAUAUACAUGCCCUUAUCUUCCAAACAAUCACAGGGUUCAUUGAUGAAUCCAUUAAGUAUUUCAGCGGAUGAUGAACAUUCGAUUAGCAGUAGCAGCAAUAGCAGUCGACAACAAAGAUUACCUUCAUCCUUUGAGGGUGACUCGACUACCCGCGAUAGUGAUUUGACGUUUGAAGAAACGUUAGUCGAAGCAAAAUUAGAAAAAAUUGAGCGUGACGAGCUUUUAAUGCCACCGACGUUUUCGCGUCGAUUGAGCACGCGCGCGAAUUACCAAGGGCAACAAGAUGAAGAAACUUUACAUCGAUAUAACAUUCCGCUUACACUAUACGAAAUCACACAAUCAAGUACAGAAGAAUAUAAUCGUCAUUUAGGACGUCUUAAUUACCUAAGCCCCGAACAAAUACAUAUCAUCAAAGAUAUUCGUCGCCGUGGAAAGAAUAAAAUAGCAGCUCAGAAUUGUCGUAAACGAAAAGCGGUGAAUGUGGAAACUUUACUCGAAGAAGUCGACGAACUAAAACGUGUUAAACAUGAUUUAGAACAACGACAAAAAUACUUCCAACAACAAAUUAUCGAAACGCGCAGUCAAUACGAGUAUCUUCAUCGUCAAGUUUUACCCGAUCGACAAUUACCACCGGCAAUAUUUGUGAAAUAA